UUACACUUUUCACAGAGAGAGAGAGAGAGGGACCUGUUUUUUUCUCCCUUUUCUUUUUCCCCCUCCUGAGAGGGAGAGACAGAAGACAGAAGUAGUCUGUAAAUUUCAAAGGCUGCAGGGAGAGCAAUGGUGACUCCUCUUCAGCUAGUUUCUGCUGGUGGCUUCUUCCGAUUCUGAUUCACGGUGAUGGUGAUGGGCAAUGUUAGUGGUAAAAGUGAUGGAGAAGGAACUUCUGGAGGAUAUGAACAGUAUGUGGAGAGUUCACAUGGUGGAAGUCACGUUUAUCCCGAGCACUCGGUUGGAAAAAUUGGCUGUCAUCCUUAUCGAGCAAAAAUUGAUAGAUUGUUAGUUUUUCCAUCUACUGACUCAACGGCAGCUGAUGCCUCUACCGAGGUCCCGGCGGUUCCUUUUCCCAAGCCUGCUGACAUGAUGGCAAAUCAAAGUCUUGAUUUGCUUUGGAAAAUGAAUUAUGAGGCUACCUGCCAUGAGAGACGAACUCCGGUAAUGAUUACUUGGAAUCAUGGAGGGAAGCAAGUGGCGGUUAAGGGAUCAUGGGACAACUGGGAGAAAACUGAACCGAUGCAGAGAUCAGGCCAAGAUUUCAUCAUCUUGAAGGUUCUUCCUUGUGGUGUUUACCACUAUCACUUCGUUGUAGAUGGACAGGUCAAGUGUGCACCAGAUUUGCCUUGCGAUUUUCAUGAACCACGGGCAGCCUACAAUAUAUUGGAUGUGAAGGAGUAUGCAGCUGAAGCCUGUCAAAGCGAAUCUGAGGUCAUGCAUCCUCCUUCCCCUGAUGCAAGCUACAGCAGAAAUUCCAUAAUUGACCUCGAAUUUAGCAAGCCUCCGCCCGAUCUACCUCCUCAAUUGCAUAGAACUCUGUUGAACGAGUCGUCGAAUACAGAUUGUUAUCAAUUUCCGACAAGGCCUAGGCAUGUUGCAUUGAACCAUCUGUACAUGAAAAGCUGCGACCGGGGUCAGGCCAUUGCCUUUGGGUCCACACACCGUUUUCUUGAAAAGUAUGUGACAGUGAUUCUUUACAAGCCCUCCUAUAGACAGGUGAAAGAAAGAUGAAACCUUCCUCCUUUUAUUUCAGGACCUGGAUAGAGGCGUCUGAGUUUUGUUGAUAAAAUUUUUACAGUCAUGGAUUAUGUUUAAGGAUGAACAAGUGCUUUUAGGUAAAAAUCACAACAGCCGGGUGCAUUGAUCAUUAGAAAGCAUUUGCUGUGUCGUGUGUACGCGUAUUUAUGAAUGCAUUUCCAUUCUAGUUUAUGCUCUUCUUUUCGCCAAUUCAA